UAAAUAAUCAGGUGUCGGGCGCAAAUGGAAUAGACAGCAAAUGAAUUCGAAAAUAAAAAGCCGGCCACCAGCCAUGUGUCCAGUAGUAGUAGAUGGUCUCCGCAAUAGCCACCAUGAACUCGACGAUAUUGGAUGUGUUUCAAGGAUCACCGGCAGAUCCUGUGCGACUGCCACUGUUCGGAGUUCUACCGGCCACUCUGAUUGUUUCGGUCUAUCUGAUGGUGGUGCUGCGGUGGGGCCCCCAAUUUAUGGCCGGCCGGAAGCCCUACAACCUGAAGAAGGCUAUGCUCGCUUACAACCUGUUCCAGGUUCUGAUGAACUCCAGUUUGUUCAUAAUGGCCUUCUACUACCUUUUUGUGAAACAAACUUACGACUUCCGAUGCAUGAUUAUACCUUGGGAUCAUCCGGACAAGCAGGUGGAACGCCUGAUGAGCUACAGCUACUACUUAAACAAGAUUUUGGACCUGAUCGACACCGUGUUCUUCGUGCUGAGGAAGAGCAACAAGCAGAUCACCGUGCUCCACGUUUAUCACCACGCCCUGAUGGUGAUCGCCACGCCGAUCGUGAACCACUUAUACGGCCCCGGAGGGCAGUACGCCACGAUGGGCACCCUCAACCUCUUCGUCCACGCGGUCAUGUACGCCUACUACUUCGCGGCCGCCCUCUACCCCCAGAUGAAGAACAAGCUGUGGUUGAAGAAGUACAUCACCAAGCUGCAGAUGGUCCAGUUCAUGAUACUCUUAGUCCAGUCCAUACUGACCGUGUGGCUGAAUCCCAGCUGCACCGUGCCCAUGCCCAUACAGUAUAUCCAGUUGGCGGUGGCAUCCUCCAUGAUGGUCAUGUUUGGCAAUUUCUACUACCACACUUAUGUUAAAGUCAAGAGCAAGUCCGAAUGAGCAAUAAACAAUAGACUGUUCUCUUAAUUUUGAAAA